UCCUUUUGCGUCACCAUGGAACGUAUCGCUUGUGUGGGAAGAGAGCCGGCUCCUUCUUGUACUGUCAGCAGCUGGAGAAGGGACGAAUUAGACAGUCACACAGGUCUAAGAAAAAUGAAUUUGCACCAAGAUCAUCAAUUCAGCAGCCAGGAUCCACUUUCUAAAUGUCUCCAAGCUAAACAGGAAUUGGAAUCUGCGAUUUCAGCAAUGCUGAAAGCAGAGCAACAAGUUAAGGAAAAUGGAAGAGAGGUGAAGUCUCAAGUCCAGUCUUGCAUUAGCCGCCACUUGGAGUGCCUCCGCAGUCGGGAGGUAUGGCUCUUAGAGCAAGCAGACCUUGUUCAGCAGCUAAAAGAAGAGGCAUUGCAGCAGCAAGCUCAGCAACUUUACUGGUUGUUGGGGCAAUUCAAUUGCUUGAUUCACCAGCUGGAAAAUCCUCAAAGUAAUGAUCUAGUCAAUCAGAUUUCUGUUUGCUUGGAAAGGUUAGGUAACCUUGCUCUUAAACCUGAAGAGUCUUCCACACUAUACUUUGAAGGAGAUGUUCCCUUUCUCCGCCAAGCAAUUACUAAAUUUGGAUCCAUUAAAACUUUGAGUUCCAGUGAAGAAAAACAAGUUUCUUCCCUUGCUGUGCCAUGCCCCUUUGUGAGUCAAAAUCCAUGGCUCCUGAAUAACUGUUUUGUUCCAGCAGCUGAACAGCAACCUGUAUCUGGAAUGUGGAAUACCCCGCUCUCGGAUUGGCUGCAGCAAAAGAGACCCACUAACAUCUCUCAGUGCUACACUCCACACAUUCCAAGUCUUUGCACCCAGGAUUGGCUUUUGAAAAACCAUGUUGCUGAGCCAAAUGGGGAGUUAAGCAAACCUAACAUGGAGCAAAUCUGGGGUCAGCUGGGAGAACUGAACAAUUGGUUGCUGCAGUCUCAGCAGAAGAAGGAUUUGGAAUGCAUGAUCUCCAGCUCUCAAUUCUCCAUAGAAAAGAUUGAAGAUAGAGAUGUAGAGAGUCAAGAUACAGAAGAUAUGGAUUUGUCUGAUUGGUUGAUAACCCCUACAGUAACUGAAGAUCCAACAGAUGUGGCAGAAAAAUGGAGAGCCAUUUUUAAAUCAUUUGAUGAGGACUACAAAAUAAGCGACUGGUUACUAAAAGUUGAAGCAUGCGGUAAUUAUUGUGGUGGUCAAACUUCUGCACUAGAGAUUGAAAACCUUGGUUAUCUUAAGUGCCUGAAUGAGCAAAUUGGAGGAAAGAAAAAUGUCAGCUCCAGCAAUGACACAUGGCUUUUGCAAUCCUCACAACCAGUGUUUAAACCACAAGAUGUCUGUAAAGCAAAUGAGCAAUGUUCUACAUUUGCAGAUUGUAUGUGCGAUGAAAGCUGUGAGAAAGAAGCUCUUCGCAAAUGGCUUUGGAAAAGGGAUGGAAAAGAUAAGAAUGGAGUACUGCAGAAACAAGGGCAAAAUCUCAAAAACCAUGAACCUGAAAAGGCAAAACCUUCCAUUAGCAUGUGGCUUCAUCCAUGCAGAAGAGAUGCAAAAAGCCAAAGCAGUACCCAGAAAACAGAAGAGAAUGAUCACUCUGUUAAGCAUAUGAUGAAUUUGCUUGAAACUCCUUUGAGCAAAUGGAUUGCAAAGUCUAGUCUGACGGAGGAAAAAACAAGCAAAGAAAGCACACAAAGUAAAUGCAGUCACCCAGCAGAAAUGCUAUCACAAUUCCAUCUGCCUCUGAAUACAACUAGUUGGGUGUUGCCCUCAAAGAACGUCGAUAAGUUUGAAAAGUCUGCUAUAGAGGAUAAGUGGUUGCUACGUAAAAAAGCACAUGACUACUAUGGGCUUCCUAGUGUUUGUGACCUGUUUGCUUGCAUGAAGCUGGCUGCUGACAAGGAGAAAUGGCUAUACCAGUCUCCCUUGCAGAUGUGACUUGCCUUGUGAAAUCUAGAUCCCCAGCUUGCAAUAUUAUUGAUGACGCACAAGCAUUGAUCUUCGUGGCAAAUCAUUUUUCACCAUGCUUUUUAUUGUUUUUUUGACAUAAGGAUUGUAUACUUUUGGCAUGUAUAAAAAAUGUGAAAUUUGAGGUGAAGACAAUCCCUAGACAGACUGUGAACUAUUUACUACUGAGCUCUAUUAACCUAAGGAAAACUGCGUCCAGACCCAUCAGCACUUUCUAGUUUCUAAUACAGAGGCCAUUUUUAAAUCAGAAAUUUUAAAUGACACCGUUCCCUUUAUAUAGCAGGUCAUUUUGUUCUGUUGUUGUCACUUUGCCUUGACAGUUAACUUUAUAGAUUUGAAUAUCUUCUAUCCCUUUGCUCACUAACAUUGCAUUAAAUUAGGGCAUGGUGAUGAAAUAUUAUUUUAUGUGGUCCUAAAACUAUUGCCUAUAUAUUUUUAAAUAUCUAUUUUAAAUUACCAUGGCGAUUUUUUUAUUUUAUUUUCAUGAACCUUAUCUGCAGGUUUAGUUCAAAAUUGCUUAGUUAUGCAGACUUGUGGCUUUCAUUUUUUCCUGGUUGAUUUAAUGGUAGGCAUAUAAGUCCUUAAUCAUAUUCAUUUGUUUGAUCAUAAAUUCAUGGUAAGUGAAGUUGUACUUUUUUAGUUUCAUUUUUUAAAUAAAAACGAAUCUAGCAGUCUGACUGAGCUAAAACUUCAAAUGCAACAGUAAGCAUUCUCCACAAUCCAAUAAUGUCUCGGCAGCGGAAGUUGUUGAACUUCUUUUUUAUAAGGAGACAGGAAGUGGUAUAAAAUAGCCAUGUGACCCAUCAAUGUUAUAUAGGUGAGAAAUGGCUACACUAGCCACAUUACUCAACCUAUUGCCAAAUUCUUAUCUGCUAUGUGGUGGUUUGUAUCUGCAUGGAGCAUUUUCCAAAAUGUCCGAGGGUAGAGUUGAAUGCCUGUUUAAACAUCUAUAGUAUUUUCUGUGAAACUUGAUCAGCAUAACCAGUAGGAUGAGACUAUAACAGUGCAUGGUUACAUCAAAAGAUAAAGCUCUAUGGAUUCUGGACAUUGUACUGGAAUGAUUAAUGCUCAUUUAAGUACAAAAGAAAAAUCUCUGCUUUUGGAACUUACUUUAAUUUUUUAAAUUCUGAUAUUUUACCUUGAUAUGAUAGAUCAGUCUAACCUCGAUGAAGCCUUUGGGAUUGAUUUUACACCUUAAACAUAGAUUCACAAUCUCACUUUGUUUAGCUUUUUGCACAGAAUAAUGGGAACAUGGCAAUUGCUACAAUUUCAAGCUGCUUCUAUUAGAAGGGUUAUAGUUCUCUUUUUUUUUUUUAUUUAUUUUUUUUUUUAUUCAGAAAAUCAAUGUUGUAGAUACCUUUCAGCUUAUAAGAAUAGGUCAACCAUUUCUGUGGGAUGCUUUUAUAAAAGGAAUUCUACAUCAUCUUCACACUCCUCUGUUGCUCAAAGCAGACAUGUUUGAUUUGCAUUUCUGUGGAGUAUUUUGGCUGCUGGCUGAAACCUGAGUAAAGCAAUAGUAAAUCUUUGUUAAAUGGCAGCCCACUUGUUUAAAUUAGCUGAAAGAGUUUAUUUAUUAGUUUUUUUUUAUUAAGAGAUUUUACCCAUGUAACAUUAACCCCUUUUUGUGCCACUUCUCUUUGAUACUGCUUUGCCAAUAAUUACAUUGCAUGGCAUAGAUCAGAGGAAACUAGAAAUACUGUCUAGCAAACACCAUUGAUUUUGCAAGGAAAGCACACUGUCCUUUAUCUUGGGUAUGUUGUCUCUGUAAUAGACUUAGAUUGUUCUUUUCUGUUCUAUAUGUAGAAUGCCUUAGGUGAGUCAGGCAGUGUUGCACUUGCUGGAUACUUUUAUAAAUUACAAUGUGCAAAGCAGUGAGAUGCCUAGGUGUCUAGAUAAGAGAAAUAAAUGCAAUUUAAGAUUGUUUUCUGGAAUACAUGUAGCCAAGUUGCUUUGGAAGAUUUUUUUUUUUUUAUGUAACUUUUGAAACUAAAGUUCAGUGCCCAAUUUGCUAAUGGGGGAGUUCAUAUUUAACCUAUUCUAAGCUGCUUUUUAGUUAGUCUCCAUUAUUUAUUUUGUAUGGCAUAUGAAUCAUAAGUAUUUCAAUUAUUCAUAUUUCCAGUCCAGCAGCUAAAUGCUACAUAAUUAAAAUUUGCAGAAUAUUUAAAUUUACAUGGACUGACUGCAAAUUGUGGGCCCCUUGUGUUGACUAUGUACAAUUUGCACCAAAGUAUCAUUAUCUUUAUUGUUUGAUGCAACAAUAUUAAUGUUCAACCUAUAUAUCAAAUGUGCCAAUUCAUAUUAAUAAGUAAACUAGUAAAUUUAACUUCAUUUAUAAUUUUCCAUUAAAGAGUUACAGCACUA